AUGGUCGUGUUAUUCUGUCUCGAUUCAAAAUUUAAAAAUAAAACGACAGUUAAACGGCAAGCUAGUGAUGAGUUAACGUUAGAUAGUAGUCCGUUGGAAGAAUAUAAAUCUACAACAUCAAGUAGUUCAAGACAACGACAAACUACUGUUCUAGACUCAGUUUCAAAUGAACAAACCAAAUGGUUAGAACAGGUACAACAACAACGAAAAUCUGUCUAUAAAAAACAUGAAUUGUUAAAUUAA